GCUUCAUAUAUCUUCGUCGCGACUGAUCUUCUUCGUGUAUCAAAGCUCUAAUUGCUACCUCCACACUCGACCUCGUCACCCGCAACCAUGAUGCCAUCUAUCAAGCGCCAGGCUUCGGAUAGCUUCAGCCAACCGCAAUCUCUGGUUAAGAGACAGAAGUCCAAUUCAGAUCUCAACGACAGUCGCGCCAUAACAGUCGGUGCGAAGGGGCAAGAUGGAGCACUUGUACCAGCAUCUUUGCGAACGAGUGCGCUGCCUGCGCCCAUAAUGGAAUUGACCGGGCAUUCCGGCGAGAUCUUUGCAGUGCGAUUCGAUUCUACAGGUCAACAUAUUGCUUCCGGCUCCAUGGAUCGAUCUAUAAUGCUAUGGAAUACCUACGGAGAGUGUGAAAACUAUGGUAUCAUGACGGGCCACAAAGGCGCAGUCCUGGAUCUGCAAUGGUCAAGAGAUUCAAAAACAAUAUAUUCUGCGUCUGCAGACAUGACGGUUGCAAGUUGGGAUCUUGAGACAGGUCUGAGAAUACGCAAGCAUGUCGGACACGAAGAGGUUGUCAACUGUCUGGAUUUAAGUAGGAGAGGCCAAGAUCUCCUCUUGAGCGGCAGCGAUGAUGGCUGCAUAGGCAUAUGGGACCCGCGGCAGAAAGCGGCAGUCGACUAUAUCGAGACCGACUUUCCCAUCACCGCAGUGGCCAUGGCUGAACAAGGACAUGAGAUAUAUUCUGGCGGUAUUGACAACGACAUAAAAGUAUGGGACGCUCGGAAAAUGGAGGUCACAUAUACGCUCAGUGGCCAUGCAGACACCAUCACAUCUCUGGAAGUUUCACCCGAUUCCCAAACCCUCUUAUCCAAUUCUCAUGAUUCGACGGUGCGAACUUGGGACAUCCGACCUUUUGCACCAGUGGACCGCGCUGUCCGUACAUAUGACGGUGCACCUGCUGGAUUCGAGAAGAAUUUGAUAAGAGCAAGCUGGAGCCCGAAAGGUGACAAGAUUUGUGCCGGAUCUGGUGACAGAACCGUGGUAGUAUGGGAUGCUCACUCCGCCAAACUACUCUACAAGUUACCUGGACACAAGGGCACCGUGAAUGAUGUACGGUUCUCGCCUACAGAGGAUCCGAUCAUUGUAUCGGGUUCGACUGAUCGAAAUAUCCUACUUGGUGAACUCGGCAGAUGAUGAUCCAAAGAAAAAAGAAGGAAAAGAGUCUCAGUGUCUUCAUUUUCCCAGGCUAUGAGAGCACCAUUGUAGAUGGCAUUCCUGUCACAAGCGACAUUGCAAGCCUUUGCAGUCGUUUUGCAAGCUCCAGUUGCUCUAUCGGCCUAUGGUUAGAAGAGAUGACUUGAACAAUGCCAACCCUCCGGGCCUACAUCGACAUGGCUUUUUGAUAAUGGCCGGCCGUGCUGAUAAGAGGUAUACAAAGGAUGUGGCCAUGGGGCCAUCAGGUCGAGGUCACGACUCACCAGGUAUUCUUCUCUGGAUGGCCAGAACCUGCUCGUAUCUGACGUUAAGAAGUAAACGUACGGACAUGGUCGCGGAUGUAGCCAGCUGGAUGCAAUGGUGGCAUAGUUGUGUCUGUUGGCAACUGUGUCCAAGGUUCCUCUUUACAGACAUCUAGGAUGCAAACACCGGGGAGACGCACAAUAUCACUCGACGACAUCUCCCGUCUCAACGGCUGAGCCACCAAAUCGUUGAGUGGUAACAUGUCAAAUAGAUUGCUCGGUACUGCGGAUAGUCGAGGCACAAUGUGGCGCCAAGAGAAGCGGAACAACGCGUCUUCCGGAUGGUUUCAGAUCGCGUCUUUAUAUCGAAGCGACUCGUCACUUUCGACGCACAGAGAUUUACUCCUUGUUAGUCCAUGAUUGAGAGGUUGUAAAGCUCAACUCUCAGUGCUUGCCUUUUCGCCUCUGGAAUUCAAUUUCACCCUGUCAAGUCUUAGUACUCUCUCGGUUGAAAUCUCAUAAUGUUUCAGUGCCACCAACGCC